AUGGAAGAAGAAACUGGUUUUUAUGUUGGUUAUGACUUCCACCCUUGUUAUGAAAUUAACAACGUCUCUAAGAUAAUGAGAAGGACUUCUUCUACAAUAUGUACUUUACUCUACAUUUUCCUUGGUUUACUGUCUGUUAUUACAGUGUGUGGAAACCUCCUUGUAAUAAUCUCCAUCAUUUACUUUAAGCAGCUCCACACCCCGUCUAACUACCUGAUCGUCUCUCUGGCUGUGGCCGAUCUACUUGUUGGGAUCGUAGUCUUUCCUCUGAGCACGUCUUUCUCUCUCAGCUACUGUCUGUAUUACAGAAAUCUAUUCUGCAAAAUACGAGACAGCGUCGACGUCAUACUGAGCUCGACGUCUAUUUUUAAUUUAUGCUGUAUUUCUGUGGACCGGUACUAUGCAGUGUGUCAGCCUCUGACAUACAGAUCGAAGAUAAACACUGGUGUUGUUCUGGUUAUGAUCCUCCUGAGCUGGGGAAUUUCUAUACUUGUUGCUGUCGGUUUUAUUGUUGCAGAGAUAAAUCAAGGAAAAUGUCAAGAAAAUUGCUUCUCUGAUGUUGUGCUUGAAAAGGUAUUAGCCCCAGUUUUCUCGUUCUAUCUCCCAGUGACCAUAAUGCUGUGUAUCUAUCUGAGGAUAUUUCUUGUCGCACAAAGACAGGCUCGCAGCAUCCAGAAUGCAGUAAAGUCUGGAGCGACUGUGAGCAACAUGGAGAGAAAGGCAACCAAAACUCUGGCCAUUGUUCUAGGAGUUUUCCUGAUGUGCUGGCUGCCUUUCUUUCUCUGUUUUUCCCUCCAGUUGUUGGGUGGUGUGUCAGUGAUGGUGUAUGAAACCCUUAACUGGUUCACGCUGUCCAACUCGAUGCUCAACCCAUUCAUCUACGCCUUCUUUUACAGCUGGUUCAGGUCGGCUUUCAGAAUCAUAAUGUCAGGGAAAAUAUUUCUGGGGGAUUUAACAAACACCAAGCUCCUGUGA